AUGGAGUCUUCGUCGACCAUCGCAAGGAAGACAUGGGAGCUCGAGAACAACAUACCUAACUCAACCACCGACAACAUAUUCCACUACGACGAAGCUGCUCACGCCAAGGUCCUGCAAAAGAAGCCAUGGGCCACCGAUCCUAACUACUUCAAGCACGUCCAAAUCUCAGCGCUCGCUCUUCUCAAGAUGGUUGUACACGCUCGCUCUGGUGGCACUAUCGAGAUCAUGGGUCUUAUGCAAGGGAAAACCGAUGGUGAUACGAUCAUUGUUAUGGACGCUUUCGCUUUGCCUGUCGAAGGAACUGAGACUAGGGUUAAUGCUCAGGCCGAUGCGUACGAGUAUAUGGUUGAAUACUCACAGACAAACAAGCUGGCUGGGAGAUUGGAGAAUGUUGUUGGAUGGUAUCACUCUCAUCCUGGGUAUGGAUGCUGGCUCUCGGGUAUCGAUGUCUCAACACAGAUGCUUAACCAGCAGUAUCAAGAACCGUUCUUGGCUGUUGUUAUCGAUCCCACGAGGACUGUUUCAGCUGGUAAAGUUGAGAUUGGGGCGUUCAGAACGUAUCCAGAGGGGCAUAAGAUCGCAGAUGAUCAUGUUUCUGAGUAUCAGACUAUUCCUUUAAACAAGAUCGAGGACUUUGGUGUUCAUUGCAAACAGUACUAUUCAUUGGACAUCACUUAUUUCAAGUCGUCUCUUGAUAGCCACCUUCUUGAUCUCCUUUGGAACAAGUACUGGGUGAACACACUUUCUUCUUCCCCGCUGCUGGGUAAUGGAGACUAUGUUGCCGGACAAAUAUCAGAUUUAGCUGAGAAGCUUGAACAAGCAGAGGGUCAGCUGGUUCAAUCCUGGUUUGGAGGAAAAUCGGCCAGUCUUCACAAAACAAAAGAGGACGAGACCCCUCUCGCUAAGAUAAGUCGAGAUAGUGCAAAGACAACUGUCGAGCAGGUUCAUGGAUUAAUGUCACAGGUUAUCAAAGACAUCUUGUUCAAUUCCGCACGUCAGUGCGACAAAACUUCCAUCGACCAGACAGAUCCAGAGCCAAUAUGA